UUUUCGUCGGCCAACUAGGCAGCGAACAGCUCAAGAAAAGUAGCAGCAGCAACCCGCGGCGGCGACGAGCAACCAACCGGACUACGCCAUUGCCAAUCGCCCGAGCGCCCCUGAACCCUGCGCUACCCAGCCACCGCCUUUCUCUGCUCCCGCCGCGGAUUCUCUCGCGCAGCCCGAGUUCGCGGCUGGUUUCUUUGACCGCUUCCUCUGAGUUCUUUCUCGGCGCCACGCCAUGGAGGAGGGGGGCAAGAGGGUGGUGAGGACGGUGAGGGUGCGGAACAUCUCAGAUCUUGCGACGGAGCGGGAGGUGCGCGAGUUCUUCUCAUUCUCCGGCGAAAUCGAGAAAGUCGACAUCAGAUUUGACGGUGUGGCGACGGGGAGGACGGCCUACGUCACGUUCAAAGAUCCCAAUGCCCUUGAGAUUGCGCUUCUGCUGUCGGGAGCAACAAUUGUGGAUCAAGUUGUGAACAUAACCCCUGCUGAAGAUUACAUCUACAUUCCUGUUACCGAACAGCAUCUUGUGGUCAAUGAGGUGACUAGUGCAAGUUCAGCUCCUACUGCAGAUUUGGAGCACUCCACAGAGGCCAAUGCCAGUCCCACUGGCCAUGUCUAUGCCAUCAAGGCCCAUGAUGUCAUUACAAGUGUGAUUGCAAGGAGUUCAAUGAUGAGACAAGAUGCUGUGAACAAGGCUAAAGCAUUUGACGAGAAACAUCAAUUGAGGGCUAAUGCAUCAGCGAGGAUCAGUUCCUUUGAUAAGCGUGUUCGCCUUUCGGAGAAGAUAAACAAUGGGGUAUCAGUUGUAAAUGAAAAGGUGAAAUAUGUGGACCAAAGGUUAAAUGUUUCUGACAAAACAAUGGCUGCUUUGCUGGCUGCAGAGCGCAAGCUAAAUGAUACAGGCGCUGCUGUGAAAACCAACAGGUAUGUGUCUGCUGGAACAAGCUGGCUGAAUGGUGCUUUUAGCAAGGUUGCCAAGGCUGGCCAUGUAGCUGGCUCUAGAACCAGAGAAAAGUUCCAAGUAGCUGUGUCAAAUCUAACAGCGAAAGGCCCUGCUGUUGUUGCUUGAGCUUGCUGUGCUGGUUGUGGAAGCUCAUCUUCCUGAGGAAAAUUUAUUGGAAGUCCAGAACAAGCACCUUCUCUUGAUUGUAUGGACAGAGUGUGGAAAUUAAUUGUGUGUUUCACCGCUGUCUUGUCCUUUUUCCAUGGGGCGGGCUUUUCAGUGAGUCAUGUGAGAUUUGGUAUAUAGAGGAGCUCAGAUUUUGGGAUUUUAGUAGAACCCCCAUUCUUUUUAGUGUUGAUGUUAAAUUGAUUAUAGGUGAUAGUGCUAUUGUAUUGACUCGGUGUGGAUUCUUAAUCGUCAUUGAUGCCUAUGCUUCUUCCAAAAAUGUUGCUCCAAUUGAGAAAUUUGAAACUCAGUUACUGGAAAUUGGGAUGCUUAUCAGUUCUGA